AAGCAUUGGGUUUUGAGAAAAACAUUGCAUGCCACAAUGAUAGCAAAUAUAACACUUUGCAGUACAACAAAUGUGCGUGAAUAUCUGUGUAUGGAGGUGACCACAUGUGGCUUUGUAUGUGUCUGAAUGGGUGGAUCUCUUUCUGUUAAAUCUGGCAAAUACCCAGCAGCCUUGAUGGAAAAUUACUCUACAAAAAGGAUUUGACCCUUGAAUUUGUUUGGACUCUUGACCAUUUUAUUCACUCAGCAGUCAUACAGAGUCUAGAUCAUGGGCCUUAAUGUUCCAGGUCUAAUAGCUACUUUAGGUUUCUAUGUGGUUGUCUUGGCCACAGGUGUAUGGGCUUCCAAGAGAUCCAAAGCUAAGGCGUCCACUGGGACAGCCACAGAAGUGGCUCUGUUAGGGGGACGCUCCAUAAAUCUGUCUGUGGGGAUCUUCACGAUGACUGCUACCUGGGUUGGAGGUGGGUUCAUACUUGGGGUGGCGGAAGCUGUCUACAGCCCAAAUAAGGGUCUUGUCUGGGGACUGAUGCCUCUCUAUUAUUCAGUAUCUUUUGUCAUAGGUGGUUUAGUCUUUGCUAAACCAAUGAGGGAGAAGAAGUAUGUUACCAUGAUGGACCCAUUUCAGAUCAAAUAUGGCAAACCUGUGGCUGCGCUAAUGGUCAUCCCUGCAAUCAUAGUAGAUAUGUUCUGGGUGGCUUGCACUCUCAUGGCACUAGGAGGGACAAUCAGUACAAUCCUGGAUUUGCCGUAUGCCUACUCUGUGAUUUUGUCAGCGGCUGUAGCAAUCAUCUACACUCUCCUUGGGGGGCUCUACUCUGUGGCCUACACUGAUAUCAUCCAGCUGAUCCUCAUCUUUGUUGCUUUGUGGCUCUGUGUGCCAUUCAUUCUCCUGAAUCCCAUCCCUCUUGACAUUGGCAUAACAGCUUUCAAUCACACCUACCAACCUCCAUGGAUUGGUCAUCUGCUGACACAGGACAUCUGGAUAUGGCUGGAUGAUUCUUUAGUGCUGAGUAUUGGAGCACUAGGUUUCCAGUGUUUUCACCAGCGGACCCUGUCCGCCGCCACAGCAGCCAAAGCACAGAUCACAUGUUUUGCUGCGGCCAUGAUGAUCCUUAUCCUGGGCAUUCCAUCUGUGUUGAUAGGAGCAGUGGCUGUGUCUACAGAUUGGAAUCAAACUGAUUAUGGUGCCCCUUCUCCGUACGAGCGUGGAGAAGCAUAUGGAAUCCUGCCUAUCUGUUUGCAGUACCUUGCUCCCUCCUACAUCUCCAUAUUUGGGAUAGCAGCAGUUGCAGCAGCAGUUAUGUCCUCCACAGAUUCAGGGCUCCUCUCCAGCACAUCCAUGUUCUCCAAAAACAUCUACAAGAACAUUAGAACACAGGCUUCAGAUAGAGAGAUACUGUGGGUGAUCCGGAUAGCUGUUGUUGUGACUGGCGUGGUUGGAACCGCUCUGACUUUUCUUAAUAACAGUAUUUUGGGGUUCUGGGUUCUCGGAGCUGAUAUUGGAUAUUGUGUCCUCCUCCCUCAGCUAAUUUGCGUCCUCUUCUGCCCGGCCUCCAAUGGUUACGGGGCAGGUGUUGCUUACUUCCUGGGUGCAUUGCUAAGGAUGUUGAGUGGAGAGCCUCUGUUAGGCCUCCCACCAGUUAUCCACUUUCCAGGUGGUGAAAUAGUUGAUGGUGUUUAUAUGCAGCGAGCACCUGUCCGAACAAUAGCCAUGCUCUUCACACUGGUCUCCAUCCUCUUUUUCUCUUACCUCUUCACUCAACUAUUCCGCUAUGGAAUAAUGCCACAAGCGCUGGAUGUCCUAGAAGUCAGCAGGGUCAUGACACCAAGAGUGGGUCAAGCAAGAAGGAAGGCUGAAGGAAACAGACUGAUGUUGCCACUAUCUGGCUCUAGCACUGUAAAAGAGAGUGAAGUUGAAGAAAGUGCACAGUUGUAGUGUGCCCAGGCAAGAUGGAAAAGUGUGUUUUUCAUUUUAUGUCAUAUCUUGUUCAAAGUACAUCUAACCAUCUAUAUGCCAAUUGUAAUAGAAUAACCUUAUGAGAAGUACAGAAUCUAUUGUAAAUUAAAAUGUUUCUACAUUUUUUGAAAUAUGUAAUUUAUUUUUGGCAUUUCCUUUCAAAGGACAAUGGGGUCGGGGGUAGAUUCAGAAUUUUUUACAUUUCAUCCACUGCCAGUUUAUUGAUAUGGACACCUUUCAAUAUUGUCCAAUUCUCAUCCCCUCUGUGGAUACUCGAUAUGAAAAUAAAUUGAUGAUUUUAAGCUAAAUGCCAUGAAGUCCCAUACUCCCUCACAAUGCGGUAUUCGAGUACAUUUGAUGAAAAUGUGUCUCUCAAAUACCUCAUAUUGUAUAUUACCUGGGAAUUGUAUGUAAUGAUUUAUUUGUAUAAUUAAAAAAUGUAAGCAAUA